CUCAGUAACAGCGACAGAGGCAGCCUCUUUGAACAAGACAGUGAAUUGAACGGGAAGGAAGGGUGAAAUGGCAGACGAGAAGCAGGAUCAGACUGCAAGCAGAAUGCUUCUGCCAGAAGGAGAUUCCAAGGCAGAUGCCAAACUUAUUCUGUAUCACUGGACACAGUCAUUCAGUUCCCAGAAGGUGCGUUUGGUGAUUGCUGAAAAAGACCUGAAAUGUGAAGAGCAUGAUGUAAGCCUUCCCUUGAGUGAACACAAUGAGCCUUGGUUCAUGCGCCUCAAUGCAACUGGAGAGGUUCCUGUCCUCGUUCAUGGAGAAAAUAUCAUUUGUGAUGCUACUCAGAUCAUUGACUACCUUGAAGAGACUUUUGUGAAUGAAAAAACUCCAAGGCUAAUGCCAGAAGAAGGAAGCAUGUACUACCCAAGGGUUCAGCACUACAGGGAGCUCUUGGAUUCCUUGCCAAUGGAUGCCUAUACACAUGGCUGCAUUUUGCACCCUGAAUUAGCAGUAGACUCUAUGAUUCCAGCUUAUGCCACAACUAGAAUUCGCAGCCAAAUAGGAAACACUGAAUCUGAAUUAAAGAAGCUUGCUGAAGAAAACCCAGAUCUGCAAGAUGCAUAUAUCGCAAAACAGAAACGUCUUAAAAGUAAACUUAUGGAUCAUGAUAACAUAAAGUACUUAAAGAAAAUACUGGAUGAACUGGAAAAAGUUUUGGAUCAGGUUGAGACUGAGUUGCAAAGAAGAAAUGAAGAAACACCCGAAAAUGAGCAGCAACCCUGGCUCUGUGGUGAAUUUUUCAGCUUGGCUGAUGUAUCCCUUGCUGUUACACUGCAUCGUUUGAAAUUCAUUGGACUGGCAAGGAGAAGCUGGGGAAAUGGAAAGCGACCCAACUUGGAAAUUUACUACAAUCGGGUCUUGAAGAGAACAACAUUUCACAAAGUUCUAGGACACGUCAACAACAUAUUAAUCUCAGCAGUUCUUCCAACUGCAUUUCGGGUGGCCAAGAAGAGGGCACCUAGAGUUUUUGGCACUACUCUUUUGGUUGGUUUCCUAGCAGGAAUAGGGUACUUUGCUUUCAUUUGUCUUCGGAAGAGAUUUGCCAAUAUGCUGGUAUCUAUUAGAGCAAGUCACAGUUAUCUGUAGAUGUUCCAUCUGCUUUUCCCAAAGAAGGAGAUCUGAUUGAUAAGACAAGCCACUACAUUCUCAUAGCACAGUAUAUUCAUGUUAAUACAGAAACACAAUGGCAACACAGAGGUAAUGGAAAUUAAAUUUUAAAAGAAAGUGAGACGAUGUAAAGUACUUUUCAAACUGUGGAUCCUAUGGAAAUAUGCAAUUCGAUAAAUCUCACAAUUUUUAUUGCUAGUUUCAAAUCUAUUAGCACCUUAGGGACUAGAUAAGAUUUUCUAGCUAUAAGAUUUCAGAAGAAACGAGCUUUGAUUCUCAAAAGUUUACACCCUGAAAAUCUUGAUGGUCUCUAAAGUGCUACUGGACUUGAAACUAGGCAUUCUAUUGCUGACCAACACAGCUAUCCUCUGAAACAAUUUUUACUAAAAGCCAUUUUUAAAAUGUUAUUUUAUGUGAUCAUUUGACAAUUAAGCAUUUUCACACUGCUUAUGCACCACCUUGAAAGUAGCACAUAGACAGGCCUUAGACUGGGAUAUUAAAUGUGGGGAAAUGUCUUUCUUCUAUGUUAAUGAUUUGUUUGGCAGAUAUUAGAUUGCAAGGACCAGUUGAAUGUAAAUUGACACAAUGGCACAAACUGAAUUCCCAUUUGGAAAGCUCACGAGAAGUUGGAGUAGACACUAGGGUACACAGUGGACUGGUUUCCAAGAAACAAAUUACAGGUGAGUAUCAGAAACUGUUGAUCACCUGUUAGUUACUGUAAUGGUACACAUGCUUUGCAUAAUAAUUGCACAGAAUAUAUUGUACCACAAAUUAACUAAUCACUUAUGUGCAUGAUACACUUGAUAUUAUAUGUGUUUAAUUUUUAUGGAAGCAUAUUUUAUGUGUUGGUGAGUGAAUGUAGUCCUGGUGGUGCCUCAGAAAAUAUCUUAUCCAUAAAUCCAAGAAUUCGUACAUUUGUAAAUGAACAUGUGUCCAAUGAGUUGUUGUUCUAUUUUUUGCCAAAUAAAAUCGGUCAACCAACUUGGAAUUUGA